UUCACAUAUUGCAAUCCAUUGAAAGUGGUGAAGAAAAUAACUAGUCCAAAUAAGGGUUAAAACGUAAACACUUUAGCCAUAUAUAGGACUGACUAUCUGUCCUUUAGUCUACGUAGCCGGAACCGGCAAGCAAGCCACUGCCAAUCAGAAAAAUGAAUGUUACAUGUGAGAAUAUGCAUUUGCGACGUCUUUCUGUGAAGGUCUGAGAAAAUAACAAAAAUAAUCAGCGUUCCCAUUCACAUUAAAAUUUGACCUGGUGCGAGAUUGCUCGCGUAUGAAAUGGACCGAGUACAAAUGCAUAUAUCACUUUAUUUACUGCACCGUCAACAUUAAAUCGCCCCUAUUGGAUGUACGCAUGUAUUGAGUGUACUGUUCAAUGUGUGCGUACACUUGAUGCGGGAGAUUUAUUGCCGACCUUUACUGCACACAGUGCACAGGCAUUUAUUGAUAAAAUCAAGAGAAGACAAUGGAUUUUGUUGAAAACAGCCAUGAUAGAUAGCAUUGGUGGUUCCGGGAAGGUUAACAACAUGCUCUCCACUCUAAACAUAGCCCCGAUUAAUAAGAGGAAUCUGCAAGAUAUGGAACGACGUGCAGGAAGAUUUGUAGAGUCUGUUGCCCAACAAUCUAUUGACACAGCAGCCCAAGAAACCUUUCAGAAAGAAAUGAGUGAAAUUUCCCAAGAGGAGUCCAAAGUUGCUGCAGCCAGCAUGGAGUGUUUAAUAGAAGAUCUGGGUAUUGCAGCAUUACCAGAUACAUCACCAGCAACUAAGUCCAUCUUACAAAGCUCAUUAGUAACAGCAAGUAUGCCAAGUAAUGUGACAGAUAGUGCUGACACCCCAUCUCCCUUACCACGUAGACACAGAGGAAAGUGUAGACCGUUUGGCCAUGGUAGGAGUACGACCAUCCGAAAAAAUCUUCUGUCCAAGUACAAGGCCAAGAGUCGAUAUGGUAUGUCUUGCUCUGCUGAUACUGCUUGGCAGAAACGUGGAUUUGACAGUCUAACGUCUCAUACAUUCUUUAUGAGUUCUUCAAAGAUGGGGAAGAAGAUUGUAAAGAGCGUCAUCAGCCACCGGCAGUGCUCAACCUGCAACUGGUGGAGACGUCACCGACCUGGCCAGCCACUACGGCAACAUCGCUGUGUACGGAACCACUCCGGUAGUGCCCGUUCUAUGGAGAGUGAAAGUGGAGAGAAAGCUAUACUUGAUCUAGCUAAAGCAGGCACCCCGGUGGAAAUCCUUGAAGGUGAUGGUGACAACACUUUAUUGGCCAGACUGAAAAGCAAGCAUGGAAUUAGUCUGAAAAAGAAAUAUGACAAAAACCAUGUGAUCAAAAACUUAGGCAAAAGCUUGUAUGGUUUACAAAAUGAGAAGGGAAUCAAAAUAAGCAAGAUAUCAAUAAGUCAUAUCCAAAAGUGUGUCUCAUAUGCCCUUUCAAAGAAUAGCGGGGACUUACAUGGAUUACAAGAGAAUCUGAGAGCAAUUAUUCCUCAUAACUUCGGUGAUCAUCAGUUAUGUCAGCCAAGGUUUUGUGGUUAUCUAAGGAAUAAAGAUGUAACCUAUGUUCACCGUUCACUACCCUACAAAUCUAGUUUGACUGGUGAGACAUUGAGAAAACGGCUAGAGGACAUUAUGACACCUUUCAUUGCCAAAGCGAGCCAGCUCAUUGAAUUGGGAUCCAGUCAGCAGUGUGAGCACGCCAACCGUGAGGUAUCGCUCAAAGCUCCAAAGAACAUCUACUAUGGCGGGACUGAGGCUUUAGACUUUAGAGUACAGGCCACAGCAGCUUUUAUCAAUGAAGGCAGGAACUAUAUAGUAGAGUUACUACGUUUUGCAGUUGAUAGUUACAUUGUUUGGUUGUCUUCUACAGUUACAAGUAAACAAAAGUGCUGAUUUGUCCCCUGGACACCACACACAAGAGUAUGCAAAGCAGUGUGCCAGCAAACGCAAAAAAAGUCAAGAAACGUUCUGUAAGCCUUCUGCAAAAGGAAGACGUUUAUUCCUGAAGAAAGAGCGUGCUGUCAACCAGUCGGCUACAGAGUCACUGGAAGGCAUGACAUAUCAGUCAGAAGUUGGCCAUGAAGAUUGUACUGACAUAGACAGAAUCCUGAUCCUAUACCGCGUGGAGUAUUCAAGCCAGUCUGUUCAAGUGGCGAACCAUCGUACAUCACUGU